CCAGGAAGGACCUUUCUCUUCAGAGGACUCACGUUUGGACACAACUGGUCACUCACAGUCCAACUGGCUGUUUGUCAAUGCUGUCAUGUCUGCAGUUCCUGCAGCAGUCAGCAGGAGAGAAGCAGAACUGGACCUGCCAGACUCAAAACAACAAUAACUCAGAGCAAAGGAUUUGUGUUUGGUGAGUUUCUUCCUUCAUCUUGAGACGAAAGAAAUCUGGAGAACAAACUUGCCUACCUGGAGUGAAGGACUGACAGCAGACAGACUUGUCUGGACAAUGGUGGCUUUAUGAUAUUCUACGAUGAAAGGAAAGAAGACACCAUAAUUUAAUUGGUGUCCUGCUUUGUACUGAAGCAUUGGCCUACACUGCUCAUCAUGCCUGACUCCAUCUGAUUCCAGUGGAUGUCUUGACCAUCAAAGCUGGAGUAUGUCCUACUGCUCUCUGUUUUAUCGCAGAUCUCCCUCUUUCUGUUUCGUCUGUGGCCACAUCCUCUGCUCCUCUGACCGGCACAGACAUGCAUCGAGUACUGCAGCUGCCUCCGCCACCACGGUCAGCUGGGAUCUCUGGAGCUCAGUCAGAGGGUCCAUUGGAAGAGUCCUGGAUGUGCCACACUUCUUCUGUUUGAGAAUUAUGUUGGCCACUGUGCUCUUGGGAACCUUCAGUGCAGCAGACUCUUUUUGUAGCCUUCCCCAAGAUCUGUGCCUGUCAACAAUCCUGUUUCUGAGUUCUGCAGACAGUAAAAGCAGCAUUAGAAAUGCAGCCUCUUGCCCGACCAUGUGUGAGAAGCUUGACAAGAUUCCCAAACACAGACAGAGCUGAACUAAACUGGAGGAUAUCUGCUCCUUAUGGCACAUUCCAGCCUUUUACUGACACGGAGAUCUGUUGGACUAGUUCCUGUCCAUAUGGGCUGUGAGUGUCUGUUGACCUGCAGUCUGAUCCUGAUAAUCUUUGUUGAAGGAUUAAAGCCAUGUUCAGGAAGAGAAGGACGUCUUUAACUGCCUGUGUUCGUUUAGUAGAGCUCCAAGAACCUUAAAGGACCUAUGACACCUACAGACAGAGAUGCCAUCCACAAAGGUGUCUAAUCACUGGUCUCUGUCAGAGGUUCUGGGUCAGCGGCGGUUGUUGGGACUGGGAGCUCUGCUGGCAUGGCUUGUACUCUUCCACCUCCUUGUGAACGUCUGGCUACUCUGCAUCUUCACCAGCCUCCUGGUGGUUCUUGGGGGCUGGUUGGGGUCCCGUGCUAUGCUGGAUGCAAACAGUGUUCUCCACCUAGAACAUUUUCUGCCUCUUGGUAAAGUGAACCCGCCACUGUCUUCACCUGAACACGAGUGGAGGUUGAACCAUGAGAUCCACAGCGUCGUCCACAAAGCUGUGCGUGACUUUGUUUCCUCGUGGUAUCGAACUCUGCUGCCGGGGGUGGAGGGGGAGUUUGAACAUGCUGUGCGUAACUCGAUGUUGGAGUCAGUGAUGGAGCUGAAGGAGCGUGCGUGUCGUCUGGACAGAAAAGCGCUGGUUCAACGGCUGCUUGAGCUCUAUGGUGGUCACCUACAGAGCUACAUGACAGCGAGGCAGAUACAGUCGACUGAGAAGGGGAGAAUCAGCCUGUGGCAGCUCUACAGUGAAGUAGACUCCCCUCACCCUGCUGUGAACAGUGCAGCCACCGAGCUCACCUACUCCAGAGCUCUAGUAAACCUCGUCUUACAUGUGCUUGUUCCGUAUCCUCAGAUGGAAACAAGAACCGGAGGUUAUGUAGUCACAGAACUCAUCACCUGCAACGUGCUGCUGCCUCUCAUUAGCAGGGUGUCUGAUCCUGACUGGCUCAACCAAACCAUCGUGGACAUAAUCACCAGGUCCAGAGAACCAAUCAACCAAUCAAUCAAUGUGGAUGAGCUCCCUGCAGAUGCUUUGUACAGGUGUCCAAUUCAGCAGGAGUCCUGGACCACAUGCAAGUCAGAGUCUUCUUCUGAUCAUGCAACAUUUGCCAGCAGAAGCUUCUCAGACUGUGAUGAGCUGCAGAGUCAGAGGGAUUCAUCACAGGGCAGCAUGGUCAGCCUGAUUUCUGCAGGGAGAGUAGAAGGAUGCCACCCAGGUUUGCUCAAGCCAUGCAAAGUCAACUGCUGUUCUCUCACAUCCAGAAAUUACUGCCGCUCAUCAGAGACUAAAUUGACUUGUUUAGACUCCUUGAUUCAGUCUGACUCUGAUGAUGACCUCAGAGGAGGCCUCUGUGACUGUGGUCCUCCAAAGAAUUUCUGUACUAUUAAAGAUGAUGAAGACUUUGGCUGCUUCGCUCCUCUGAAAAAUCUGGGGCCAAAGGCGGUGGCGCCUGAGGACUCCCCAUGGCCGGCCGGCAUAGCCCAGGAGAAAUCUCCAGUUCUUUCUCCAAGAGGACUUUGUCUGAGCCCCUGCAGCUUUGAUCCCCCAAACAACCUGGCUGCAGCUGUGAACAUCCGGAACGUGCAGAUUUCUGGAACAGUAAAUGCCAUGGAGCAGCGCAGUACAGGCUUACACCCCUUCACUCUUUACACUAUAAAGUUUGAGACUUUGUCUGAAGCCAAGACAGAUGGUGGUCAGCAGCCCGCAUCCUGUCGCACUGUCAACAGGAGGUACAGCGAGUUCCUCAACUUACAGACCCGUUUAGAGGAGAAGCCUGAAGUCAAGAAGUUGAUCAAGAAUGUCAAAGGUCCAAAGAAGAUGUUCCCUGACCUCCUGUUUGGAAAUGCAGACAGUGAAAAGGUCGAAGCCCGUAAAGGUCAACUGGAUACAUUCCUGAAACAAUUAAGCAGCAUCCCCGAGACAUCGAACAGCGAGGACAUGCAGGAGUUCUUGGCUCUGAACUCAGAUGGUUGCACUUAUUUUGAAAAAAAGCCUUUCACCAAAUCAAGAAUUGAUAAGAUGGUGGAAAACGCUUUGGACACAUUGAAAACAGCGUUCCCUCAUCCUGAUCUCAACAGUCCGACAGAGGAGUCUGAAGGAGACGCUGAUGGAAGAACAGUGGACAACAGAAAAUACAGCAGGAGACUCAUGAGCAAAAUUUCCCCUCUCAACAUACCCGACCUUCAUCCUAAAGUGACGUACUGCUUCAGUGAGGGCAGCUCUGUCCUCAAUGGAAUGUCACUGUCAGGCCUGGAGAACUUUGUCCAAGAGCAGGAGAGACUUCUGUGUGAGCCGGAUGGGAAAAAGACGAGAAGACAGAGUUGUGAGCAGUCAGGAAAAGACAAGAAGACUUCAGGGAAAACUCACAGCACAGACACAGCUGUGGCAGAUGUUGCUUUGAACAUUUUAUGUCUGCUGAUGAAGGAUCAGUGGAGCUGGCUGUGCACAGAAAACAUACAGAAGACCAUCAGGCUACUCUUUGGCACCUUCAUUGAGAGCUGGCUAGAUGUAGGAGUCGCUCACCUUACCAGCGCCCCCUGCUGGGUGAUUUACCUACAAGUGCUGCAGGAAGCUGUAUGGCCUGGUGGCACAUUGCCUGCUCAACCACGACCUGAGCGCAGCGCUGCAGAAAGAGAGGAGACCAAGAAGCAAUGCCUGGACUGUCUGAUGCAGCUGCUCCCAGAACUGAUAACGGACCUGCUGGGAAGUGAGAAGUACAGAAAGAGCCUGGAGAUGAUGCUGGAGUCUUUACAGGAUCAUCAGAUAAACAAACAUCUGAUCUACUGCAUCUGUGACCUGCUGCUGGAGUUUCUUAUCCCUGAGUCAUGUGAUGAGGCCUUCCAGAAGUCUCUGCUGCAGAGCCUGUCCAGGGACACAGAAAGGGACAACUCACAUGUAUGAUCAGAUCAGCAUGGGAUACCUCAGAAGUGUAAGACAUUUGAUAAUGGUCUUCAGUAUCAGGAGUGUGGUGAUGGGAUAGAUACUGAAGUCACGACCUGAUUGGUCUGUGCUAACAGGGGUUUGGUCGUCUGUAAGUAACUGUUAUGUUAUGUUAACAGGAAAAAAGAUAAGACAGCUAUUGGUCUUAAAAAGAAAGAUAAGCGUCAGCAUGCAACCUGAACUGGCUAUACUACUACACAAAUGUGAAAAUCAUGUACUAAAAUAAUACCAGGAGAGAAAACAGGUGUUUUUGAGCAACUUUUCUCUGUUUAAUAUUUUAUUUGUAUCUUUUUUCAGUGUGAACAAGUGAGAACAUUUGUCAGAUAUUACACUUCAUUUCUACUGGGUUGUGUGUGCAUCUAGGUAUAUUUUUGUUUUGUAUCUGAAUUAAUAUUUUUUAUAACUAUAAUUCCUCAUCUAAUGUGUUUGAAUAUUUGUUUUAAGAGCUUUUA